CCUUGCAAGUCUAAAGGGUGAAGUCUUUCUGAUGAAAUAUCCAUUAGUAUUAUAGUACUCUGCACUGCAUUGGUAUAGAUUUUCCACUUUCUGAUGAGUGGCUUGUUAUUCUCAUACCCAUCUUUCAAUGGCUUAAUUAGUAGGCCAUGGUACACCUACAAAUUAGUAUUCAUGCAAAUGUAGCUUCUUUAUUUAUUUAUUUUUAUUUUUAUUUUUAUUUUUUUAAUCGCUGAAAAUAUAAAAAAGACAUAUAACGUAACAAAAUGAAAGCUAAUAAUUGUGAUGGCAUUUCAUAUAUUUACCAAUUAAUUUCCAAGUCACCAGUGAUGAUGGUUCUGAUCGGAAACCUAUAUACACAACUGCAAGAGUGUGUGCGUGUGUGCGCGCGCGCGCCCAGUACGGGUGAUUGAUAUCAUAUAAAUGGAACAAGUCAGAGGAGAGAUGAUCAUCUGCGCGUUCGUUUUCUGGGUCAGUUUCAAAAGAAUCUACUUGAAGAAUUGCAGCCACUGAAUUUUGCUUUUCAAUAAAUUAGAUAAAAAGAAAAUUUAGCAGAUAUUUGAUAGAAAUCGGUUUGGACGUACGUUGAAUACUUUUAUAGACCCUUUGUAACAAAGAAUAAUUAUAAUAAUAAAUAAAUAAUAAUACGAAUAUAAAAGUAAGAUCGAAAUUGCAUGUUGGCAAGGGGCAACGCAACGUGGAGGAAUGGUAAACAUGAAAUUAUAGGGCAUACACUACAGCCACUGGAAAUCGAACAUGUGAGCUGGUUCUUUGAUUAAGCUUUGUGCUGCUUCUUUGAAACCCGUACGUUCUUUCGGAGCAUCAAAGCUAGGCGUUGGCAUCCAUGGCAAUCACAAAUUCUGCAACACUGCCCUUUUCAAGAUUGGAUUAUCCGUUCCUGUCAUCUCAAAGAACCAACAAGAUUGUUCCUCUACCAGUACCACUCGUUUUCAGCAACAACCAUCCCCACCAUCAAAUUUCGUUAUCUCGUAAGAGAAUUUGUGAAAUUUCUGGAUUGAAGUCUGGUGGGUUUGUUUCAUUUUCUGGUUUGAGCGAUCAAAUUGAGGAGGAGAGCCUCACCAGUAACCGAACCUCUUCCAACGACAAACACUCGGACCUCCAAGUUCACACCAGUAUGUGGAACUGGAGGGGCUAUUCCAUUCGCUACCAGCAUUCUGGAAACAGUGGUCCCGCAUUAAUAUUAAUUCAUGGUUUUGGAGCAAACAGUGACCACUGGAGGAAAAAUAUUCCAGUUCUUGCAAAAUCACAUAGAGUAUACUCUAUUGAUCUUAUUGGUUAUGGAUACUCAGACAAACCAAAUCCUCGCCAAUUUGGGGAUGGCUUAUUUUAUACAUUUGAGACAUGGGCCAGCCAGCUAAAUGACUUUUGUAAUGAUGUGGUUAAGGAUGAUGCAUUUUUCAUUUGCAACUCAAUUGGAGGACUUGUUGGUCUUCAGGCAGCGGUUAUGGAGCCAAAGAUCUGUAAGGGCAUUAUGCUUCUAAAUAUCUCCCUACGUAUGCUUCAUAUUAAAAAGCAGCCAUGGUAUGGAAGACCUUUGAUCAAAUCAUUUCAGAGUUUGCUGAGAAAUACUGCUAUUGGCCAAUAUUUCUUCAAGAGUGUUGCGACACCAGAAUCUGUGAGAAGUAUCCUCUGCCAGUGUUACCAUGAUACUUCCCAAGUGACAGAAGAACUAGUUGAAAAGAUCCUUCUUCCAGGACUUGAGCCUGGUGCUGCAGAUGUUUUUCUGGAGUUCAUUUGUUACUCAGAUGGCCCACUUCCUGAGGAACUACUGCCUCAGGUGAAGUGUCCUGUUUUGAUAGCAUGGGGUGACAAGGAUCCAUGGGAACCCAUUGAACUUGGAAGAGCCUACAAAAAUUUUGAUUCUGUGGAAGACUUCGUUGUGCUGCCUAAUGUUGGCCACUGCCCUCAGGAUGAAGCACCUAAUCUUGUGAACCCGCUUGUGGAGUCAUUUGUAGCACGCCAUGCUGUGCCUUCAGCCGAAGUUACCAUAGCUUCUUCAUCAUAGCAUCAGUUUCUUGGACAAUUAGAUCAUCCAUACCUCAUUUUUUGUUUAGCUAGGAUAUUAUUCCUUGGGACCUGGAUUUACACAAUUCUGUAAAUUACUUAGAUCAUCAAAAAACCUCAUCAUUUAAUGAUAAUAAUAAUAUGAUGUGAUCAGAGUUCAUACUGGUCGGUUUGGAGUUUA